AAUCAAAAGCGGAAAAACCCCUCCCCCCUUAUAUACUCCAAACCCUAGACCUUUCUCUCUCCAUUCCUAAAUUCAAAACCCUGAAUCUCUGCUUCGCUCCAACGCGAUAGAGACAUGGCGCUGCUAAAUCAACCAACUGUGGAUUAUCCAAGCUUCAAGCUUGUGAUCGUCGGCGAUGGUGGCACUGGUAAAACGACGUUCGUAAAACGCCAUCUUACCGGAGAGUUUGAGAAGAAAUACGAGCCAACAAUUGGGGUUGAGGUUCAUCCAUUGGAUUUCUUUACGAACUGUGGGAAGAUAAGGUUUUAUUGCUGGGAUACUGCCGGACAAGAGAAGUUUGGUGGACUCAGAGAUGGCUAUUACAUUCAUGGUCAAUGUGCCAUCAUAAUGUUUGAUGUCACUGCACGGUUGACCUACAAGAAUGUUCCCACAUGGCAUCGGGAUCUCUGCAGGGUGUGUGAGAACAUCCCCAUUGUUCUGUGUGGCAACAAGGUUGACGUCAAGAAUAGGCAGGUCAAAGCAAAGCAGGUCACAUUCCAUAGAAAGAAGAAUCUUCAGUACUAUGAGAUUUCUGCAAAGAGCAACUACAACUUCGAGAAACCCUUCCUCUAUCUUGCUAGAAAGAUUGCUGGGGAUCCUAAUCUUCACUUUGUUGAGUCUCCUGCUCUUCUUCCUCCCGAAGUUCAGAUUGACAUGGCUGCACAACAACUGCAUGAAGAAGAAUUAAAUAAAGCUGCUGCUCAACCUCUUCCCGACGAUGAUGAUGACGCAUUUGACUAGCUCCUUCUUAAGUUCAAUGUGAAAUAUUCUUAGGUUCAAUGUGAAAUACUUGUGGGGUUUUUUCACAAGACAUGGUUUUUACAGUAUUUGAUCCGUCUUCCGUUGUUUUUCCCCUUUUCUAGUGGAUUAGAUGGGUACUGAUGGUUGGAACUUUUGCUUGUAAGUUUAUACAUUCAUCUCUGCUUUACUAAUAGAUAUGAUCUUUUCCCGUUGCCA